CGGGGGGUCGGAGAGGAGGUUUCAGUUCACGCCCCAUGCACGUGUGGUCCCAUGUGGUCCCAUGUGGUCCCAUGUGGGGAGGAGGUGGGGAUCAGACGUGGCCGACCUGGGGGCCGCCCCCAGGCCCGGCCGGCGGACCCCGGCCCGGGACGGGCCUUGGAGACGGGACCAGCAGGCCCGCGGGGGCCCGACGAGGAGCGGCAGCUGAAGGUGUCCAGAGACCUGAUCAACCUCCAGCUGGAGACCAACCGCGUGAGGGAACGACACGAGGCCGAGACCUUUGAGCUCAAGUGCCAGAUCCUGGCACUGGAGACGCGGGAGCGGGCCGCCCGGCAGCGGCUCCGGGCUGCGGAGCCGACCCGUCCGCACGGCCGCCCGGAGGAGGAACACCACCGGGCCCCGGAGCCCGAGCAGCCAGGAGAAGCACAGAAGCAAGAGAAGAGUCUGCUGCGUGGCCGGGAGCUCCUCUGGGCAGAGAUGGAGAAGAUGCGAGGCCUGCCCGGUGCCCAGCGGAGGAAGCCGGAGGAGACGGCGGCUCAGAGGGAGCGGGAGCUGAGAGAGGCGCGGAGCGUGGCCGACAGUGCCCGGCAACAGCUGGCGGAGCAGUCGGCGGGGCUGCUCACCGCCCAGGGGCAGCUCAAAGAGGCGCAGGAGGAGAACUCACGUCUGCAGCUGCAGCUCAAGACCCUGAACGACGAGUAUCGAGGGCGACUCCAUCACCACCUCCAGAGCCUGGCGGCUUUCAUGGCGGGGCCCGGCGGGGACGCCGGGAAGGAGGAGCCCCCCGGGCGGGCCUUGGCGGAUGCCAUGGUGCGGGACAUCCGAGCCACCUACCGGGCCCGUGAGCGGCAGCUGGCGGAGGCCGCUCGCACCCUGGACCGGCGCCUACGGGGGCUCCAACAAAGGCACGAUGGGCUACUCAGGGCCUACAGCCUGCAGCAGGAGCAGAUCCAGGCCCUGAGCGGGUCUCCCCCGGAGCCGCGGCCCCCCGAAGCCCACCUCCCCGCCAAGGCCCCGGACCUCGGACGGACGCCGGACGACGGAGCGGCGCGGGUGCGGGCCCAGCUGCGGACACAGGAAAAGCCCGACGGCGGCCACGACCCUGCACCGGCCCUGCCGAGCCCCCUGGACGAGGCGCAGUGGACUAAGCUCCAACAGCAGCUACGCGACUUCACCCGCAACACCCAGGCACAGCUGGAGCGGGAGCGGAGCCAGCUGCUCAGCCGGGCCCUGCUCGCCGAGGAGCGCUUAGCACAGCUGCAGGACUACGUGGAGCGACACCUGGCCAGGUACCAGCAGGAGAUCGUGCGGUUGAGGGAGCGGCUGCCCCCGGGCCCGGCGAGUGGGCACGAAGGCCCAGAGCCCAGCGGGCCCAGACAGUAGCCCCAACCGUCGACGUCCGCCACCAGCCAAACCUGGCGCUGCCCUCGGGACGGACCCGCCAGCGCCAGCCCAAAUCCGUCCACGGCGUUAAGCUGGUCUC